GGCGAGGUCACCUCCCAACCAGCACAGUCAAGAGACAGGCCACGUGUACGUAGAGACAGACUCUCUACUAUCCCCCGAGCUGACUUCAGAGCCACUAACCGGGAAAAUUAAAGUCCCACAAAUCGGCCUGUACGACGGAACGUCGGACCCGGACGCACACCUCGGGCAUUAUACCUCAUGGAUGGACCUGCACGGGGCCACCGACGCCCUCAGGUGUCGUAUGUUCUCCCUGACUCUGGGACCAAAGGCACAGAAGUGGUAUUACUCGUUGCCUGCGCAAUCUAUCCGACGCUGGGUUCAACUCAGGUCGGCGUUCCGCUCCCAUUUCAUCGGGGCGCAGGUUUGCCUGAUCCCAAAGGAGUCGAUCACGAAUAUCGUCCAAAAGGACGACGAGAGCUUGAAGGAAUAUGUUGCCCGUUUCAACGAGCGUGUGCAAAACAUGGAACCAUGCCAUCCUGAAACACUCUUAGUGAGCGCCAUUUCAGGACUGAAGCCGAAGUCAAUGUUCAGGUGGGCACUUUGCCAAAACAAGCCCAAUACAUUCCAGGAAUUCUUGGUCCGGGCACAGAACCACGUGAUUGCCGAGGAAAGUAUGUCGGUCCCGGACUUUACGUUCACAUCCCCGGGACAAAAACCGACGUCGGAGAAGAAGAAGAAAUCCUUUAGCAACACACACAAGAAGACCUCCUCCACAGACCCGCGGUGGGGGGAUCCGAACGACCCCGAGGUGCGGGCAGCUCGGAAACAGUACCGAGAAGACUGGAAAGAAGGAUAUCGAUCUAUCUACUCGGUCGGAGCAGCCGCCAUCUACGAGGAAAUAAAGGGAAAGGGAAACAUUCCCGAUGCCCGACCAGUCAAAACCCCGGAGAGCCAACUCGACAAGGGCCGUUACUGCGACUACCACAGGUCGCCGGGUCACAAUACAGACGAGUGCUUGAGCUUGUUGUCGGCUCUGAUGAAGCUCAUCGGUAAUCCCCAAGUGAGGAAAUUCACCAUGGCUGGAGAUAAUAAGGGGAAACGGAGAACGCAGGAAAUCCCCGAUGAUGACGAAGGAGAUGAAAGGGGAUCGACUUUCAAGAGGCUUCGAGCCCAGGGAGAUAAAGAAAUUUUUGUGAUCGGACCAACGGACGUCGGUUCACCCCAAGACCAACUCAGGAAGAGGGGCCGAGAGGCCGACAUCCAGCCGCGGCCCAGCCAGACGCCUCCAACCUCGGGACGGUCAAGUCCCAUUCCCCGAGUUAACACCAAUCGAGAUACACCGACGUCUUCCCGAAGGCAGGCCAAGGCAUAUGCGCGAAAGGCCUACAACUCGGGGAAGCAAGUAAUGACCUCGGAUAUCAGAGAAACGAUCAAUGCCCGCACCUGCCCGAUCACUUUCACGUUGGAGGACGCAAGUUUAUUCGAUCACCCACACUCGGAAGCACUAAUAAUUACGGCCCCCAUCUGUGGCAUUCCUGUCCAUCGGAUCAUGGUGGACACUGGGGCCUACACGAGCAUCCUCAUGCUCAAGGCGUUUAACAAACUCGGGAUAGAUCCUGCCGAAGUCCGCUCCUGCAAUGAUCGU